AUAUAUUGCAGAGAUCCACCAAGAUCUUUACCGUUUUUGAUAUCCCAAAGAUCAUGUUAAAAAUACUGUAAUUCAGCGCUUCAGAAUUCAUGUUGAAUGGCAAAGGAAGACCGUAUGGUUUAUGUGAGCUAAGCACGGCUGACCAAAAACGGUGAUAUCCAAACCCUGAACUCCUUCGGAAGGAGUCCUUCCACACCGCAGUCCCUGGUUUACGGUAACCAGAUUUCGGACAAAGGUCGGAGUUGAUGGGCAAGUCAACGCUCAACGACGAUCGUGCACCUGGCUCAUCAUGCUCGCUGGCAGUCCUGAUAAUUCAGAUACGAAAGGAGAUAUGAGUAGCUCAACAACAUCUGCGUUUUCUUCUCCUUAUCUCCCGGGGCCCGGCGUCCACCCAGAACACCAGUACCUUUCCCUUAUCCGUACCAUUCUACAACAGGGCUAUCCUCGCGCAGAUCGCACAGGAACUGGCACGCUCUCACUGUUUGCACCACCCCAACUGCGAUUCUCACUUGCUGAAAACAGUUUUCCCUUGCUCACCACGAAACGCGUACCUCUUCGGAUUGUUUUCGAAGAAUUAAUGUUCUUUAUUCGAGGUCAGACGGACUCGACCAUACUGUCCAAAAAGGGAGUCAAGAUUUGGGACGGAAAUGGGUCUAGGGAGGCGUUAGACAGAAUAGGUUUAGUCGAUAGGCGUGUUGGUGAUUUGGGUCCUGUUUAUGGGUUUCAGUGGAGACAUUUCGGAGCUGAAUACGUCAACGCCGAUGAGGAUUACAAAGGAAAAGGGGUGGAUCAGCUGAGAGAAGUAAUACGACUCAUCAAGGAGAAUCCCGCAGAUCGAAGGAUUAUUAUGAGCGCUUGGAAUCCGGCAGACCUCUCGAAAAUGGCUCUUCCGCCAUGCCACAUGUUUUGCCAAUUCUAUGUCUCUACACCCACUCCAACUCAACCAGCCACGCUCUCUUGCCAACUUUAUCAACGGUCAUGCGAUAUGGGUCUUGGCGUUCCCUUCAACAUUGCCAGUUACGCCCUCCUCACCAUUCUCAUUGCCCACGUCACUAAUUUGGUACCAGGCGAGUUCAUUCAUUGUCUGGGUGAUGCGCAUGUAUACAAGGAUCAUAUUGAUGCGCUCAAGGUGCAAUUGGAGCGGGAGCCCAGGCCGUUUCCCAGGAUCUAUAUCAAGGGUGGUGAGAGCAAAGCGACAACUGUCAAUGAGAUGGUGAAGGAGUUGGAAGAAUUUGAGUGGGAACGGCUGGAACUGGUCGGAUACGAACCAUACGGCAAGAUUGAGAUGAAAAUGUCAGUGUAGAUGUCAAGAUGGGUAUUUAAAAGAUUAUGUACAGAGGCGACUACAGACUAUAACAAAUACAAUUCAGCUAGUUCCCAUACCAAGCCAUA